UGUAAAUUCCUAGAUUUUCAUUUUCUUGCAUAAAGACUAACCUGUCCUUUUGUUCUUGGAACACCUAGGUAGUCGAAUAGGGACAGUAUUGACAUUUAAGUUGUCUGGUGACAGAUAGGAGAUCUGGGGUUACAACAUUUUUAUAUUGCCCAAGUGGAUAUGGUAUAAUAAUGGAGUUAGGAGUAUCUUAUUUCAAUUUGUAGAUGGCAUCUUAAUAUAUCCUUUUUCGCAUCUUUUCCUUUUGUCCUUUAAAAAUGGAAAAUAUCUUUUCUGAUAAACAAUGUGUUGAAGAAUGCGUGCCAACCACCAAAUGAUGACAUAUUAAAUGUAAGAUGUUGGGAAAUCUUAUCUUUAUCUUGACAAAUAAUUGAGAAAAGAACCAUUGCAACCAACAGAAUGCAAGGCACGUGGCCUCCAUGCCUCAAUCCCCACAAUCCCAACAUCAGAUAUCAGAGAAAUAUGAAAAGGGAGGGGAGUGGGGGUGAAUGGUGGUGGUGAUGAACACAAAAAUUGUAUAUUCUUAACAAUUGUUGAAAAUGGACUGUCAGGGAGGAGUUCUUAAACUUGGAUCAGUGCUAGCGAAAAGGCUGAUGGUGAUGGAGAUGGUGGUCAAAUGGGGAGAUACAAAGGGGGGUGGGGUUUGGUUUUGUUGGAUGAAAAAAGGAGAAUCCAAAGAGAGACAAAGGAGAUAUUGGCAGAGUGGAAUUAGGCAGUUUGGGGGUUUAAGCUAAGGUGCACGGCCUGCCACUUUCAUGGGUUGUGAAGAGAUGGACUCAAACGUAACUCCUUUCGGCCACUCAGAAUAUUCCAAAAUAGAAAACUUGGCUCCCACGAAUGUUUCAAACAAAGCUGUGAUACAAACUUGCAUGCAUUAUAGAGAUUUGAUGCGUAUCUUGCUGUAUUUCUAAGCUUGUCGAUGCAACUGUUUCAAGACAGGAGGUCCAGUCCAACCCAAAAGAAUUGGAAGACGAAGGAGAGGUCCAUAACCCAAGGUGCAAAUGCGGCCCAAGGCCAGUAAAGAUCUGAAAGGAAAUCCGCAACGAAGCAAGCGACGCAGCGUUUAAGGUGUCAAUGAUGGCCACAGUUCCCUCACUGUGUAGGUUCACCGCAAUCCUUGGCAGCUGCUUCAUCACCUCGUCCCCGAGAAGCUGUAAGAUUCGGGUUCAUCCCCAUCUUCCAAUCUGCCUCAUCACUCGGAAGCUUUCGUCCUCGAGCCCAAUGAGUCAACCAAGCUGCCAGCCCGCCGGCGCCACCAAAACCGAGUCGGCGAGGGCGGAGAACGACCAAGAGGACGUGCUGGUGCAGUACGUGGUGCUCCGGAGAGACCUGAUAGAGUCGUGGCCAUUGGGGAGCGUGGUAACACAGGCGUGCCAUGCCUCCGUCUGUGCCAUUUGGUCUCACAAGGACGAUCCACAUACCCUCCAGUAUUGCAGCCCUGAAACUAUUGACUCUAUGCAUAAGGUUACCCUUGAGGUGAAAGGAGAAACCCAGAUAUUGAACUUGUCUGAAAAGCUGACAGCCGGUGGUAUUGCUCAUAAACUUUGGAUUGAGCAGCCUGAAAACAUUCCAACCUGUCUGGCGACAAAACCCUACCCCAAGUCUAUAGUGUCAGUGUUUUUCAAAAAGUUGAAACUUUGUAAGUGAUUAUUUUGAUUGUUCUAAUCCAAUAGUAAUUCAAAGGAUGAGCAUAAAAUCAUAGGUUGUGUACUAUGAUUCUUUCGACAUCUAAAUUCCCUGUAUGAGUUGAAACUUAUUAUAUUUUCAACAUUGAAGCAAAGCUUUGCUGUUUUCAUGCCUUUA